AAAUUAUUUAAUUCAAAAUUGUUUUGUAAUUUGUAUGAUUUUCAUUUGUAUUCUAAUUUCUAACGUAAAUUAAUAAAUAAUUCUGUAAAUGUGAGUUCUGUGAAAUAUUUUAUUAUGUAUAAGUUGAUAAACAAAUCAAUCUGGAAUUUAAUAAAUUCCAUAAGCUGUACUUUGCAAAUUGGGAACGCCUAAAUGUCAAGGAGCUAAUAAAAUGAGAAGGCUGCAAUAUUUUUGCGAGUGGUCCUUUGCACAUCUAUGCAAAUCAAUAAAGCGUCGAUGUUUUGCGCUUUUCUGUCUGUUAUGUGCCUUCUUAUUUCUGCUACGAUGGAAGUUAAUGUGCAUCAAUAUGCAGCCUCGCAUGCAUAUUCAGAAAAUUUGUCUCAGCUACGGCAGUGGACAGUCUGUUGGAAGCCUAUGUCAAGAUAUGUGUGAGCCAGACGGGAUAUCUUCAGUUUCUUGUCACUCCUUCUACAUGGAAAAAGAUACUAUUUUCUCUGGUACCUGGAAGAACCAAAGCUUAGUGUUUAAGACUGUCAAAGAAACAUCAAAUAGCCCUUGGGAGUCAAACAUUUCUGAAAAUGAAUUCUUAAAUAUAGUGAAAAACAAUAUUAAGAUAAAAUUUAAUAUUUCUGUAGAUAUUGUUGAUGCCAAAAGGAUGUCAUAUAUUCAAUAUAAUCAAAAACAAAUUAGUCGACAAGUAGAAAUGCAAAAUGCUUGGUCCCUUCUUCAAAAUAAUGAAUAUCUUGCUUUAUCUCUUUAUGAGAAAUAUGGAAUAUUCCCAAGGCUAGUUGGGUCAUGUGGUUCAAUGUAUGCUGUUCAGAAACUGGAUUCUCUAUCUGCAUAUUGGCAUUUGAUGACCUUUUAUGACACCAAAGAGGAAUGGGAGAGAAGAAUCAAAGUGUCCAUAAUGAUGUUAGAUUUCUUGAUGCUGUUAGAGGAGAGACUGCCAGAACCAUUGCAUCUAUGUGAUGUGAAGGUUAGCAAUUUUGGUGUGACAAAUGAUUUUAAAAAGGUGAUGUACCUUGAUCUUGAUUCUGUGCACCCACGAAGUGUGAUCAACAAAAUCACAGCUGAUGGAUCUAAGUGUAAGAAGCAUAGCGACUGUGAUUUCCUGGACUGUAGAUCAUUUUGUAAUUUGAUAACGAAUAAAUGUCAGCAUGGAGUUGUUAAUAAUAACCUGCAGAUGGUUUGCGAAAGGAUAUUUCUUGGCUGGGUGAUGUCUGGGAGGGUGAUGGUCCCGGGGCUGCUAGUAGGUCCUCGAACCCCGAGAGUAUUGACUGAAAUGUUGGAGAAGUGUGCAAAUCCCUCCAAAGAGGCCGGUACCCCCAGAGCAAGAGCUACCAAAGAAAUAAAGCUUAGGCUCUACCAUUUAUUAACACACCUGGUAUCGUCCUAAAAUGUUGCACUGUGAUAUUAUUUGCUCUAGUCUUAUUAUGAUCUCAAUUAAUUAAGAUAGUAUUUAAGCUAAUCUCUGAAAUGUAUCUGUUAUGUUUUCCUUUAUGUAUUAUUAAUUUUAUAAAUAUUAUGUUACUUAUAAUACUAUUACUGAUUUGCAAUUUGUGAUGUCAUUAUUAUGCCACUGUGUGGUCCACUUGUGUAAAUAUCUUAUAAUUAUAAUCUUUAAAUAAUCUUUAUA